AUGACCAUGAGCUCGUUUUUGAUAAACUCCAACUACAUCGAGCCCAAGUUCCCUCCCUUCGAGGAGUUCGCACCGCACGGCGGCCCGGGCGGUGGGGACGGCGGCACGGGCGGAGGUCCCGGCUUCCCGCGGCCGCAGACCACCCCGCACCUGCCGGCCCCGAACCUGCGCGCUGCCCGCCAGCCCCCCGCCUACUACGCGCCGCGGGCGCGCGAGUCCAGCUACCCCGGGGGCCUGUACCCCGCGCCCGCCGCCGCUUGCCCCUACGCCUGCCGCGGCGCCAGCCCCGCGCAACCCGAGCAGUCCCCGGUCCCCGGCGCGCACCCCAGCCCGGCCCCGCAGCCCCCUGCACCCCCUCGGCACUGCGCUCCAGGCCCCGCCACUCCGGCUGUCGCGACGGGGGGCAGCGCCCCCGCGUGCCCGCUGCUGCUGGCGGACCAGGGGCCGGCGGGCCCGAAGGGCAAGGAGCCGGUGGUGUACCCCUGGAUGAAGAAGAUCCACGUGAGCGCCGUCAACCCCAGUUAUAACGGAGGCGAGCCCAAGCGCUCUCGAACCGCCUACACCCGGCAGCAGGUCUUGGAGCUGGAGAAAGAAUUCCACUUUAACCGCUACCUGACCCGGCGGCGCCGCAUCGAGAUCGCCCACACGCUCUGCUUGUCUGAGCGCCAGGUCAAGAUCUGGUUUCAAAACAGGAGAAUGAAGUGGAAGAAAGACCACAAACUUCCCAACACCAAGAUGCGAUCUUCCAACCCUACCUCGGCCCCUGCCGGCCCGCCUGGGAAAGCACAAACUCACAGCCCCCACCCCCAUCCCCACCCUCUCCCCAGUGCCUCCACACCCAUUCCCUCCUCCAUAUAACCAUCUGGGGGACCAAAUCAGUUUCUGUCACUUACCUGCCCUUCUCCUUUCCUGUUCCUAUCCUCAUCCACUCCUCCCCAAGGAAACCAUAUCAGACACCAAAACAAAAUUCAACUUGCUGGAAACCAUAACC